AUGGCCGACGUCGCUCAGGAGACUUCGUCUCCAGGUUCCUGGGCUGCUGCCCCAGAGAGCGUUGAGGGCGGUUCCCAGGCCGCGCCACGGUCCGCAGGUGCCAUCGCCAAAGAUAAACAACAGGAGAACCCAUUCGAUGAUGAGGCUCAGACGGGCAACUACACCCACCAGAAGAAACAAGAAGGCGAGGACGCAGCAGAGUCCACUGAGGACUUGGAUGAAUUGGAGCCUCAGCCGACAGAGGACGAAAGCAGCGAGGAAGCCAAAGCUGCCACGGCCCAGAAGACCAAGGAAGCCGGAGAAGCAGGAGCCGAAGCCGGAGAAGCGGGAGAGGAAGCAGGAGAGGAAGCCGGAGAAGCGGGAGAGGAAGCAGGAGAGGAAGCCGGAGAAGCCGCGCCCACUGAGGGUGGUAUUGAGCUUAAAGAUGAUGAGGCCAAAGCCGGUGAGGUCAAGGAGGGCGAAGGCGAAGGCGGUGAGGCCGAGGAGGGCGAAGCCGGAGAAGCCGAAGAAGAAGGCGAGAAGAUUGACUACUCCGUCCUCAGGAAUGCCAAGGUCAACAAAGGCGGCAACCUGAUCAGUGCCGACGACAACAAGCUUGUCGGCCGCAUCAAGGAAGGCAUUCUCGCCCACCUGGUCGGCAAACGGUCCGACGAGAACGGCGACAUCUGGAAUGAGAACGGCAAGAUCAUCGGCAAGGCCGAACCCAUCCCUGAUUCCGAGAAGGAGGACCUGCUGAAAGAGCCCGCGCCCUUCGAGUCCUUCCCUGACAACACAAUCGACGGCAAGGGCAACGUCGUGUCCGACGGCCAGAUCAUCGGCUAUGUCGUCGAAGGCGACAAAAAGGUCCUCCAGGGCAAGAGCGUCGAUCCCGAUGGCGACAUCCUCGACCGCGGCGGAAACGUUAUUGGCAAGGCCGAGCGCUCUGAGGACGAGCCGGAGCCCGAACCCGAGCCCGAAGCCGACCGGUCCAUCCUCGCUGGCAAGCGUGUCAACAAGGCCGGAAACGUUGUUGACGGCAACGGUGUCAUCUUUGGCCGUGUCAUUGAGGGCGAUGCGAAGGCAAUGGUUGGCCGUAUGUGCGACAAGAAGGGCAACAUCGUUAACGAGAUGGGCGACACCAUCGGAAAGGCCGAGGUCGUCCCAGAAGGUGAUCGCGAGGGAGCCAAAGAGGGUCCCUUUGCGGAGCUCACUGGAUGCACCGUUACCAAGGACGGCAAGAUCGUGACUCCUGGUGGCGAUGUCGUCGGUCGGCUGCUUAGCGGAGACCCCAAAGUCCUCUACGGCCGCACGGUCGAUGAAGACGGCGAUAUUUGCGACAAGAACGGGAACGUGCUCGGCAAGGCUGAGCGAUGGGAGGAGCCGGAGGUUGAGAAGAAGAAGAACGCCCUGUCUGGCCGACGAGUCAACAAGGAAGGUGACGUCUUUGAUGAGGACGGUAACCUUAUCGGCAAGCUGACCACCGGCGAACUGAGCAUUUGCUCCGGAAAGGAGAUCGAUGACGAUGGCGAUGUUAUAAACGCCAAAGGCACAACAAUCGGCCAUGUGUCUCUCCUUGAGGAGAUCCCCGACGAAGCACCGCCCGAGGAAACAGCCGAGGAGAAGGAGGAGCGCGAGAAGCUUGCUUUAGACAAGAAACUCGCGGGGCAAAUGUCAGCCUGCAUUGAGCAAUGCCUCGACAAGAUUAAGCCAAUCUGCAGCAUGAUCACUGAGAAAAUCCAGCGCGCUCAGGCGACUCCAAAGGAGGAGCUUGAUGAGGAACAGCUCGUCAAAGACGUCAAGCCCCUGAUCGAGGAAGGAGGGAAGAUCCUCACCGAAGCCAACGGCGUCAUUCGCGGUCUGGAUCCUGAUGGACGAAUCGUCGCCAACGCCAAGCACAAGACGGCGGCCCGUGAGGCAACCCCUGAGGAGUACCAUCUUGCGGACGUCCUCAAGGAGCUCACUGGUACCGUUACGAAAACCAUUGAGGACGCCAAGAAGGCCAUCGAGGGCAUGCCGCAUGCCAAGAAGGAGCUCAACCCGCUCUGGGGUCUCCUCAACGAGCCCCUCUUCCAGAUUCUGGCGGCUGUUGGCCUGCUUCUUAGCGGCGUGCUCGGCCUCGUCGGCAGACUGUUGCAUGGCCUUGGCCUAGGGGGUCUCGUGGAUGGACUGCUUGGUAGUCUGGGUCUGAACAGAGUCUUGGAGGGUCUAGGACUCGGCUCUGUGACCGACGCGCUCAAAGGUGGAAAGAAGAAGUAG